AUGUCGGAAGUCCCAGGAUCGGUAGUCUCCACAAACAAGCGCAAGAGGGUCGACUCCUCAACUGGGGGCGGUAAUGCACGUCAAUGCCAUCAUUGCGGACGGACUUUCAAAAGAACCGAGCACCUGUCACGGCAUGUGCGAACGCAUACCAAGGAAAAGCCCUUUUCUUGCAACUGCGGUGCUUCUUUUGGACGUCGAGAUUUGCUCACACGACAUCAGAGGGUGAGUGGGCAUGAUCCGGGUGAAGCUCCAAAUGCCGGCACACCGAUUGCUAUCGAGGCGCUUCCGAACGCACCACAGUUACAUGGUGAAGACAGCCAUUCGAACGAGUCGAUACAUGUGACUGCGAUUACCCCUGAUGUGCAGGAUCUCUCUCGGAAGAACUCACAGCCACAAACAGAAACUGUACUCCACCAAGUUGCCUUUGCGCCCGAGGAUGAGCAUUCACAGAGUACAAUGCAACCGAGAUUCUACGAUGCCGCAUCUCUUCCAACACCGUUACCAGGCGUCAACGAUAUCAUGAACCCGAGUGAUGCCGCAUCGUCCUUGGACCUGUCAGGCAUUGACCCCGACAUGCACUUUCGCGAUUUCGCCAGCUUCUUGGAUGGAGUUGGUUUGUGUGUUGACUGGAGCCCGAUACUUGAAAGACUGGAGGAACCCGCCGACGUAGCGACCAUCAAAGAUUUCCAUCGGCCCACACCUUCUAGUAUCGAUGUACGGACAAGGGCCGAGUCCCCGUUCAGUUCAUGGUUACCAUCAGCGCCUACGAGAGACAGAACGACUGAUAAUGUCUGUGAUAUAUCGAGUAGGUUGCAACACCAGCAGUAUUGUGAUCGAAACUUACCAGANGCAGAUCCCCGUGCUGUUGACCCUGAAGCUAGACGCUUUGAUGUGACAGAGGAGCAGCGCGUCAAGCUCCAGCACACGAUCAGUUCGUCACUGCAUAUCAUUGACCCAACAUUCCGACUACCAUCGCGUCACUCUAUGACUAGAUACAUCAAGUCCUUCUUCGGUGGAUUCCAUUUGCACAUGCCGUUCAUACAUGUCCCGACCUGGCGCCUGGAAGACCAUCCGCUAGAGGUGAUAUUCGGUAUCGCUGCUAUUGGCGCGCAGUAUUGCUUUGAGAAACGAGCGGCGGAGCAACUGUUCUUUGCUGGAAAGGCACUUGUCUUGCACAAGCUUGCGGGCUCAUCGGAAACCGGUGAUUCUCGUAGUUUUUCGAAUAUGAUUGACAGCGAUGAGAACCAGGUUACUGGCAUGUCCAAAAAGACUUCAUCCAUUGAGAUCAUCAGGGCUUUGCUCACGCUCAUGGGCUAUGCGACGUGGGAUCCAAAACCAGCAAUGGUGCGUCAAUCGUUUGCUCUGCAAGAGACUCUUACGCAGUAUCUCAGAAGUGAAGGUUUGCACGAAGAAGAGUCAAACAUAUCCGUGUCUGUUGAUCAGUCCAUUGAUCAGCGGUGGCAUAUAUGGAUAGCGGAAGAGUCGUCUCGCCGCACAAGACUGGUUGCUUUCUCAUUCCUCCAUACGCACAGCAUCGCUUACGACGUGUAUCCUCCUCUCCGGAGUAAUGAGGUAGGACUUCGUCUGCCGUGUUCUACCUUGGAGUGGACUGCUCCGUCAGCUACGAUGUGGGAUCAAGCGAGAAAAGCCGUAGCCAAACCACAGCUCUACUUCAAAGAAGCCUUGUCCUUACUGCUGGACCAAAAGAACGAGCCCGCCAGAUUGGAUCCGAUCCCGACGCCUUUGGGAAAUUAUGUUCUACUCCAUGGACUGAUACAGAGGAUACACAUUGUCAGGGAUCUAAGUCUGCCUGUGAUGAGCGAUAUGGCAGCUCUUCCGCCCGAAGAAGUUGAGAAGCUUGAUUCUCUGCUGGCCCUAGCCUACGCUCGCAUCUAUCUGAAUCUUGGCCCAUAUCGACAGCUCCAAACCCGAGACCCACAAUAUAUUGCCAAAGCUCUCGCGAGAUGUCCGGAAAUUGACCGUAGCGAGGGAGUCAUCGCAGCGCUGCUCUAUUCUACACACAUGCUCGGUAUUCCGGUCAGAUUGGGCGUCGAUCGAGUUGCGAAGAGUCAGGCGUUCUUUUGGAGCGUCAGGCACUCGCUGGCUAGUCUGGAUUGCGCUAUACUGUUGAGUAAGUGGCUUUCGAAUCUGACCCGUACUGCGGCGACUCAUCCGCUGAACGAUAGCGAAGAAAGAAUAUUAUACUGGGUCAAGUGUAUCGUUGAAGAAGCAUAUGCUGUUGUUGACUUUGAUGAACAGCCAGCUGAAGUCAUGGAUUCCAGCAGUCCUGCUGAUCUUGCGCUGGCUGUGCUAAAGAUCUGGGCACACUUCUUCAAAAGCAAUUCGCAAUGGCCGUUCAUCAACAUCAUCGGGCUAGGAUUGGCUAUGUAUCGUGGCAUGCUGCUUCAAACGAGAAGUUGA